UAUGUAAGGAACACGCUUUCUUUUCAAUUUGCUUUACUUUAUAUAUACAAAUAAUGGUGAUGUAGCCUUCAACUCUAUCUUCUGGUGCGGCGGUCUCUCCUUCUCCUUUGCUGGUCUGGUUUAGUUUCGGUGAUCUAUGAGAUAGUUUACGUGAUAUUAAUGGAUCUGUCCAUACUCCUCACCAUCAACAUCACCAUCACCGUUUUAUACUUCGUUUUACCACCCGCCUGCCUCGCUCAUAAGUUGGAAACAUUAGACUAUAAGUUUGGUCCAUUCAACAGUUCUUACUACACCAUCUUCGCAGUCCUAACGCCUGCUACAAUCAGCAACGAUGCCCUUCAGGUCACUCCUGAUUCUGCCGGUAACUUCACCCUCUCUAAUAGGUCCGGCCGCGUAUUCUUCAAUCACACUUUCACUCUCUGGGAGGAACUACAAGGAGGAGCUGCAAGGGUGGCUUCGUUUAACUCUUCAUUCCUCAUCAAUGUCUUUCGGGUUAGUAACACCUCUGGCCCUGGAGAGGGAUUUGCCUUCCUAAUAUCACCCGACCUCAGCCUUCCUCUCAACAGCGAAGGACAGUACCUGGGUUUGACUAACUCCACCACCGACGGCGAUUCCUCUAAUGGCAUCGUAGCUAUUGAGCUUGACACAUUCAAGCAGGAUUUCGACCCAGAUGACAACCACAUGGGUCUCAAUAUCCACAGUGUCCGCUCCAACAAGACCGUGUCCCUUUCCAACUUUGGCAUUCAGAUAGCUCCUGUGGGAACCAAAGUUUACAUGAUCUGGGUCCAUUACGAUGGAGUCCAAAAGGUACUGCAAGUUUACAUGGCAGAGCGAGCGAAGGCCAAGCCCACUACGCCUGUGCUGACAGCGGAUCUAGACCUCAAAGGGCUUGUGAAUCAGAACUCUUACUUUGGCUUUGCAGCCUCCACAGGAAGCGCCAUCCAGCUCAACUGUGUGCUUGGCUGGAAUUUGACAGUUGAGCAGCUACCCUCCUCCAAGAAUGGCGACGAUGAUAAUAAUAAGCUAAUCAAGAUCUGCAUAGGGGUUGGGGUGCCUGUAUUUGUGCUAUUACUGAUUGGGGUAGUGGGGCUGACCUACUAUCAGAUGAAAAAGAGGGCGGAUUCAGACCUCAAACUACUUGGAGCACUUAAGAGCCUGCCAGGAACGCCGGGGGAAUUCCGAUUUAGAGAUUUGAAAAAUGCGACCAACAAUUUCGAUGAGAAGAACAAGCUUGGUCAAGGUGGUUUUGGUGUAGUGUACAAAGGAGUGCUGCCCAACGAGAAAGUCCCUGUCGCUGUGAAGAAGUUCUCCAGAGACAACCUCAAGGGUCAAGACGAUUUCUUGGCUGAGCUUACCAUCAUUAACCGUCUCCGCCAUAAACAUCUUGUUCGAUUACUAGGGUGGUGCCACAAGAACAGGACGCUGCUUUUAGUGUAUGACUACAUGCCAAAUGGUAGCUUGGAUAAACACAUAUUCAAUGAAACUGAAGAGAAAAACACUCUGGAGUGGAAGCUCAGGUAUAAUAUCAUAGCUGGCGUAGCAUCCGCGCUGCAGUAUCUCCACAACGAGUACGACCAAAAAGUGGUCCAUAGAGACCUCAAGGCCAGCAACAUCCUGCUGGAUUCCCACUUCAAUGCUCGCCUAGGAGAUUUUGGGCUGGCUCGUGCCUUGGAUAAUGAGAAAACCUCCUAUGCAGAGCUCGAAGGAGUGCCUGGAACUAUGGGCUACAUUGCCCCUGAAUGCUUUCAUACUGGCAAAGCCACCUGCGAGUCCGACGUCUAUGGCUUUGGUGCGGUGGUCCUUGAGGUGGUGUGCGGGCAGCGACCUUGGACCAAGAUUGCUGACUUCCAGUUCUUGGUGGAUUGGGUGUGGUGGCUGCAUCGUGAAGGGCGUCUACUGGAGGCGGUUGAUGAGAGACUGGGCAAUGACUACGUUGUUGAGGAAGCUCAAAGGCUGCUGUUGCUUGGGCUGGCCUGCUCCCAUCCUAUCGCCAGUGAGAGGCCCAAAACCCAGGACAUCUUUCAGAUGAUAUCAGGAUCAGUUGCAGUGCCCCGCGUCCCACCUUUCAAGCCGGCUUUUGUGUGGCCGUCGGCGACGGGCCCGGAUAUCACCAGCAACAGCAGCAGAGAUAUUACAGCUAAUUCAACUCCCAUGACAUCUGGUUGGACUCCUCAAUGCGUCAGCUCAUAAAGGUAUGCUGGGAGGUACACAGACAACUCUCUCGUUUAGCAAAGUCAAUUCCUUUCUCCAGUGAUUCCUAAUUCUUAUUUCUCUUGUUUCAGUUUGAUUAUUCAGUUCAUGGAUCAUUGUUGGCAGGUGGAAGUGCAUUUGUACAUUUCGAUCAAUGGAAUUUUAUAAGUUUUUUUUUUUCCCAA